AUGGCUCCACUUGCAGACUGCACCAUGGGUGCCAUUCAGGAGGCUAACCGGGCUAACAACGGAAUCAAUGCUAACAUAAAGACUAUAAGGAAGAGGUAUACGCAUAAUCCAUACCUUCGAACCAUAUUGACUCCUGUGUCAGUGUUUGAUGGAGUUGUUGAGAAGAAAAGGCACGAACCCAAUCCUGAUGCACCCGCAUUUGUUCCUUCUGGUGUUUCAUGGAAUAUGUGUGCACCCGGCUCUUAUGAUGAGACACUUUACAUGAAUGGAAUGGUUGGUGAAACCAAUGGAUGUGGAAUGGAAUACUACUAUUCUCAACCCAUGAUUUCGUCCCACACAAAUCCAUCAGAAACUCAUUAUCAGACCUUGCCAGAACCUGCAGAAAGCGCUAACACCAGCAGUGUUGUUGACAAGGCUGUUAACCUCAGCAACAGCACUGUGUCCUGUGGAAAUACUGGUACUUCAGUGGUGUCCACACCCAUUAAGCGGAGUAACAAUCUCUAUAAAAUGUACGUUGAUGGGCGUCCAAAGGUUGUCCGUGGCGUUACCUUCGCUGAGGUGAAAGUGGAGUUGCGAUUGGGAAGUGAAGUGUUUCUUGUGAAUGAUGUCCCACAUAUUUUUGGUGUUAUUCUGAAAGCUGAGGAUCUUAUUAAUCGUCACGUCAUUGUGGAAGGGGAUCGUGGGGAAGACCUGGGCCUCAUUACGGCCAUUGUAUCCAGUGAGCCAGCACUCUCAAAGAGUGCGGAUGUGGAAGAAGAGGAGGAAGAGAGAGAGAAGGGGGAAAAGCGUCCAUUGCGUGUACUUCGCGAAGCCCUUCCGGAGGAAGUGGAGUCCUUCCACUCUCUUGAUCACAUGGAGGAGGAGGCACUGCGGUUCUGCAAAGCUGCCAUUAACUCAUUGAAUCUGCGCACCCCGCUUGAGGUGCAACGCGCUGUAUUUCAGUUUGACCGCAAGAAACUCACCUUUACGUAUUGCAGCGAUACUUAUGUGGAGUUUAAGGCACUUCUGCGUGCCCUGAAUCGCCAAUACCAAUGCCGUAUUUGGAUGCACCAACUCAAUUGGGAGGUGAACUGCAGACAGAGGAGGCACGCGGCGGUUGAUAAUCACCGCAAAAGUAGUAACAAGGAAUCUCGUAAGCGUGGGGGCGCCAAUAAGGACGCAAAGCGGAACCACGAAGCGGACAAACAGAGCCAGUAG